ACGAGCCGCGCGUGCUGGGGCUCCUGGUGUUUAUCCACUUUCUCUCUCUCUCUUUCUCUCUCGACGGCUAAUCCGCAGACGCGAGCCCUCACGACACUCGCGACGUGGAAACGCGCGUCACGUGAAACGUGCGCGGAGGGUGACAGGCAACAGCCGAGGGUCCCUCUGUCGCGUCCUCUCGAGGGGGGGAACUUUGACUUUGACAGGCUGCGAGUUUCGCGCCGGUGCGCUCGCAGACAGUUUCCCGCUACCCUCGUGACGAAGAGAGUUCUGGUGCGCUGCUUGAUCACUGGUUCGGGGAGGUCGGUCGCGUUCGGUCGAAGGGGUCGCUUUGUGAUUCUUGUGGGAUAGUUUUUGUUUCUUCAGGGGUAGUAAUUAGGUCGAAGCUCGAUACGCGACCACCUCCGAUGGCGCUAGUUUAGAAUGACGUUACGGCGCGCGGUGUAACGGACUUGCCGACGAUGAUAACGCCAGUGUCAGUGCAGUGGGGUUAAAGUGCCAGCCGGUUUAUGGAUAACCACGCACCGACGCUGAUCGGACCCACGAGUGCGAGCUGGUAUCAGGCCGACGAGCGGGUUGUGUGGUGCUGCGCCGAGUGACACGGCGCUCCGUUGUUUUAAAACGCGACCCCGCGGCGCGCACGAGAGAUGAACGAAUGACCGGACCGCCACGGUGAUCCACAUACGCAAUGAGGCCGAAAUCGUGCUCGCUGUUCCUGCUGUUCUGCAUGCUCCUGCCCGGAGUAGUGCGCCCCUUCACGUCCGGCGAGGAAGGCGAAGACGCCGCGGAGGAAGAGGACUCGUACCUGGAGGAGGACGACGUGCCUUCGGCAACGAUAGCCAGCGACACUGAGCUGAUUUCCGAGGGUGGCGGUUACUUGCCGGUCUUCCUCACGGAGCCUGUCAACUCCUUCGUCGUGAAGAACAAGCCCGCCACUCUGCGCUGCAAGGCCGCCCACGCACUGCAGAUUUACUUCCGUUGUAACAACGAGAGGAAGGAGGACUCGCAGCAGCAGGACUUCGUGGAUCCGCACACGGGCACGCGGAUCGUCGAUUGCGAGUUCAACGUCACGAGAGACCUCGUCGAAGAGUACUUCGACAAGGAGUACAAGUGCGAGUGCAUCGCCUGGUCCGGAUCGGGGCAGAUCAAGAGUCAGCCGGCGAUCAUCGACGUCGCUUAUCUGAAGAAGCAAUUCGAAUCGCCGCCGUACUCUGUGUCCGUCGAAGCGGGCCAAAGCACCGAACUGAGAUGUCUACCUCCGGAGGGAGUGCCACCGCCGCGAGUUUACUGGCUGAGAAAUAACAUCCAAGUGGACACCGAGUCGGACACACUUCUAGUGUCCAGCGAGGGUCACCUUCUUGUCGGUCAAGCGAAACUUAACCAUCAGGCCAACUACACGUGCGUCGCUGAAAAUAUCGCGGCGAAACGACUGAGCGAGCCGGUCGGCUUGACAGUUUACGUAAACGGCGGCUGGUCCUCGUGGUCCUCCUGGUCGGAAUGCCAUCCGCGAUGCUCGAAAGCCGGCCAGAAGAGGACGAGGACGUGCACGAAUCCGGCACCCAUGAAUGGCGGUCAGAUGUGCCUGGGCCCGGCGCAGCAAAAGAUGGACUGCAACAUAGGCUGCCCCGCCGGCGCUCUGGAAGAAUUCACUAACACCCUGGUCGUGGACGGUGGAUGGUCCAGAUGGUCAGCAUGGUCGGUGUGUGGGAGCGACUGCACGCACACGAAGAGGAGAUCGUGCGACGAACCGCCACCCAGCCACGGCGGCCGGCCUUGCCAGGGCAGGGACAUCAACGUGGCGAAUUGCACCGGCGGCAUGUGCAACGUCGGCAACGCGAAGGUGGGCGGCGCUCAUUUAACCGACGAAGAGAAUCGUCAAAUGGACGUGGCCCUGUAUGUCGGUCUGACGGUUGCCUGUGUGGUAAUCGUCAGCCUGGCGUUCUUUCUGGUCAAACUCCUGCGACGUAAAGGCCGCGAUCACUCCUUGUAUUCCAUGGCUCGUAAUGAAUUCCAGCCGGAGUUCUUCCCGGACCAGGACAAGAAGCUGAGCUUGCAGCCGGACGUGACGGCGACGAGCGUGCCGGCCUGCUACGAGUAUCCUUUCGACCCGAAGCUGUCGAUGUCGAGAUCCCUCUCGGAGCACCACUACGACGUGCCGCACUUGUCGAUCGCGCCCCAGCCGUCCCCGAUGUCACCCACGCCCAGCACCUCGACCCAGGAGUCCUGCAGCGACAAGCAGAUCCACUCCGACAGCGAGAACAGCGUCACUAGCUCCUACCCGUCCUCGGACUCGACGUACAACGUAGCUUCGGAGAGCGUGCGUCUGCCGAAGCUCGAGGCCGGGAACGUGGCGAGGGCGGCGGUCAACACGCGCGGCGCCCUGCUGGUCUUACCGGACUCCGGUAUCUCGAUGUCAGUACCCGAGGGAGCAGUUCCCAAGCCGCUCAGGGAGGAGCUCUAUCUGGCGGUGCUCAACGAGGAUCGUUACAGGCCGCGAUUACCUGACGGGAUAACCCAGUUAUCGGCAGUGGUGACCUGCGGUCCGUCGUCCGCGACCUUCAACAAGCCUGUGAUCCUGCAGUUCGAGCACUGCGCGAUGCUGCACCCGGCGACCUGGGAACUGAGCGUGUGGGCGUGCGACGGCGUUAACGUCGACGACAGUUCGCCGUCGCUCGCGUCGAAAGACCACCAGUCGUCAAUUACAUGGAGCCGGGUGCUGACCCUGGGCAACGAGACCAUCAACACGCCGUUGUUCACGCAAUUGGAUCACGCGGAGGCUUUCAUCGUGACUGAGCAGCUCCGCGGCUACGUGCUGGCCGGCCAGAGCUGCGAGAGCGCGAUCGCCACGAAGCGAUUGCGACUGGCGCUCUUCGCGAGCCAAGCCGGCCAGUGCUGCGUCCGGGUAUACGCCGUGGAGGACACGAAGGCUGCCAUGAAAGCUAUCGUCGACCGCGAGUCGCAGAUCCGGGGCUAUCUGUUGGAUAAGCCGCGCACGCUGCUGUUCCAAGACAACGGCGAGUCGCUCUGCGUCAGUCUCGAGGAGGUCGGCAACGAGUGGCAGAGCAAGUCGCCCACGGAACGCCAGGAAGUCUCGUUCCGGGACGCCUGGAACUGCCAAGAAAACGCCAAGCACGUGACCUUCGGCCUGGACACGGCCUUUGGCCCGACCACCACGAGGAGCUACAAACUGCAAGUCUCGCAAGGCAACUCCGACACGAGACAAGUCUUCAGAAUCGUUUACGACGGCGCGAAGCAGCUCAUCUCCUCGGGUAGCGUCACGAGACCGCUCAGGGAAGUCACCGUGGUCAGCAGCGGCCAUGCCAAUAACGCCACCACCGACUCCACCACUCUACGACCGUUCCGGUUUACGAGAUCCUUGAGGAAGCAGCUCUGCCAGUGCCUGGAUCCGCCGAACGCUCUCGGCAACGAUUGGAGAAUGUUGGCGCAGAGGCUGCAGGUCGACAGGUACAUCAAUUACUUCGCGACCAAGGCCAGCCCGACCGAGCACAUCUUGGACCUGUGGGAAGCGAGGCACCGGGAGCCGACGGCGGUGACGGAUCUGCUGAACCACCUGAGAGUUAUGGGCAGGACCGACGCGGCCACGAUCCUGGAGGCGCAGCUCGGCCCGUGGCUCUGAACAAACGGUAAACCGGAUCUCGAAAACGUUUCCAACGGUGAGUGAAAGUCUUGACCGUCGUACGCCCACUCGAGCGACGGGCGACCGGCGGGUGAAUCAGUGGGUGAUCGCGAACGGCGACCGGUGAACUCGAGAUCGAUCAGUGAGUAUCAGGGGGACGAUCGGCGAAGUGAGUGAAUGAGUGCGAGCCUGCGUGCGUGCGUGCGUGCGUGCGUGCGCGCGCGCUUACGAGGAGGACGGAGGGUGGAGAGCGGAAGAGCCGGGGAACGGCUCGCCCGGUUCUCCAAACGGACUCAUCGAAACACUGCCUUAAUUGUGCGCGACAAACGCGUCGGUACUCUGUAAAUAAACGUGAGUUAGCGGAAAGCCCGGAGAUCCCCCCUCAAGAGGUGAUCCUCCGGGCGCGUCAAGGACCACGAGCCGAGAAACGCUUCAGCCGACAGUUCGAGGGAGCGUGAGAGAAAGGAGGAGCGCGAGCGAGCGAGCGCGCGGGUUGUGGUCCGUGGUCGGAGAGAAGCAGGAGAGAAUGAAUGGAAGAACCGUAUAUAAUCGUGACGACGUAAUUAGGGACUGUGCAUUUAGAUGGAUAUACGUGUAAAUACGUACUAAAGACACGCGCGCAGAUACACAGAUGGAAAUAUAUCCAUUUAGAGAUGGAUGUUUAUAUAUAAAUAUAUAUGUUAUAUAUUAUAUAUAAAUAUAUAUAUAUAUAGAUAUGCCAGGACACAACACACACACACAUACACACAUACACACACAUACAGCCAAGAGUAUAUAAAGUUCGUGCGCGCGAACACCUCGACGCGACGAUGUACUUUCAGUCGAUUAUCGUUAUCGAACACGAGCACGAGGCUUGCACACACGCGGGUGGGUUAUUCUUUCGUUUCCUCUGAGAAUCGUGCCAAAAUUACCUCGGUUUCUCGCAAGGCGCUACACUUCCGUUGUUGUUGCAUCAGAGUUUCGUGAAUAACGCCGUUAUCCUUUUUCACACGUGUCGACAAUACAGAGCGCGGUGCACGGGAGAAGAACAUGCGACGACGACGACGACGACGACGACGACGACGACGACGACGACGACGACGACUACGACGACGAUGACGACGCGGUGAGCCGCCGUGUGUGGCGCGCGUCGCUCGCGAACGAGCUGGUCGCGUAAAUAAAAACGAGAGAAAGAAACAAAAACGAGCUAAUUACGACAGACAUGAUUUAAACCGACGAUUUAUUUGAGAGAAUUGUAUAUUUGUUACUUUCGACGAAUAAAAUAUUCUUGUAUACCUCAGAGUCGAA